AUGAAAUUUCCAUGGUUAGUAAGUCAAUCUGAAUUAAAUCAAUUGGUCAUAACAUCACCUAAAAUACCAUUCGAAUCAUAUGAGUUUAGUAUUACAAUGUCUCACUCAAAUUCAAAUAACUCGCCAUUUGAUUUCGCUUUAAAAUGCCAUUCAAAAAUUGAUGUUCCGUUCAGAAUCAUAGCAAAUAUAUCAGUUGUUCAUCCAAAAGGACCUGCUUAUUCAUCAGUUAUCGCAAUACCAGCACAAUUUUCAAAAAUUAUAAAUAAAGUAGUUAUUCAAACAAAUAUGUAUCUAAACUUACUAACAGACUGCAAAUUCUUUUCAAAAAAUUGCGUUACUUUUGAAAUCGAAAUAAGUUAUCCUCCAAUCUACGAUAAAUCAGUCAUUCCAUUAGUUUCAAUUUUAGACAAACAGAAGUUAUAUACAAAUAUCCUUGAUGAAUCAUAUUUAUUAUCACAAGAAGAAAAAGAUUGGAUUUAUUCAGCAUCAUUUUCUAUUUUUAACUCUGAACCAAGUAUUAUUCAUGUUAAAACAUCUUUAAUCAUUAUUAGUAACGUUAAAGACAUAGCUAGUUUAGAAAAUAUAUUUAAAAAAUACGGAAAUCCUCAAGUUGCCAAAUACUUAGUAAUUACAAACUUUUCAAACACGAAGCUACUUCACUUUUGCCUACUGCUUAAAUGCAUGUUUCCAGAAAAUUUCGUUUUAAUUAGACAAAAAAUAACAAAUCCAGAACAAUCAGGGUAUUCACAACAACAAAUCGAUGCUUUACUAAAUCAAAUACCCUUUGCCGCUAUAAUAGAUGAUUCUGUGUUUGUUAUCGCAGGAGGAUUAGUUCCAUCACCAAAUUUCAUUGAUGAAAUCGAGAAGAAUGACUUUAACAGGCUAGACACAAUAAAUAAAUCAUUGGAUUCACAUCCAGAUCCAGAUAUUGAGUGGUAUCAAGAAAAUUCUGGAAUUUGUUUUGGAAAACUUGCAGCGGAAGCAUUUUUGAAGAAAUAUAAUUACGAUCUUUUGAUUUGUACUGGAAAUUUGCAAUCAUUUUGGCCAUUUGGCUUCGAAACGAACUUUGUUCAAAUUAAACAUGGAUUUACAAUGUUUAUUGAUUCAACACAUGAAUAUUGCUUUGAACAAGUUCCAGAGUAG